AUACAACACAACAGAAGCCCCCACCCCCUCAUCACCUUUGAAUUGAACCCCCUCCAGUCUAAAUUCUUGCAGUUUUCCACUCUCUCUCAACUUCAGAGUCUCUCAAAAAUGGCAGUGGCCUUUAGAUUCCCUCUCUUCUGCAUGUUUUUUGCUUUUUCCGCAGCAGUUUUCGUCUCCGCUGCAGGCCAUUCGGCCCCGGCCCCGGCGGUGGAUUGCUCGAGUCUGGUCUUGAACAUGGCGGACUGUUUGUCUUACGUGACGGCGGGAAGCACGUCGAAGAAGCCGGAGGGCACGUGCUGUUCGGGGCUCAAGACUGUGCUCAAAACCGACGCGGAGUGCCUUUGCGAGGCGUUUAAGAACAGCGCGCAGUUGGGGGUCACUCUGAAUGUGAGCAAGGCGUUGGGGCUGCAUGCUGCCUGCCAUGUUUCUGCACCUUCCAUUAGCAACUGCGGCCUAAGCACUGGCAUUGGCGCUGCCCCAGCUCUUUCUCCAUUGGCACUGUCUCCAAGCUCCAUUGCCGGGGCUCCAACCACCGGCAUUGGAGCUAAUGAAGCUGCUCCAGCACCAGCUCCUGGUAGCUCAGGUUCCUCCACACUGACCACCUCCAUCGGGUCGUUCGUGCUUACCAUGGUUGCUGCUGUAUCGUUUGCCUUGUUCUGAGAGCGUAUGGCGGUCCUUUUUUUCUGAAAUUGGUCUAUUCUCGUGUGAUUAAUUCUAGUGAUGUUGCUUAUUUAGUAAGAGUUAAAUUGUGUUGCUAGUCCUUUUAGAUUAUAUAUGUCGAGAGCACAGGUACAUAGAGCCGAUCUGGGCUACUUCUUGUUAGUGUUGGAGAUGAGACUUUGUGCUGACUGCUGUAUGCACGAUGGAUGUUUGAUUUACUUAUUAUACUCUUAGCAUCC